AUGUUGACAUGGCUAUCAGCCCUUCUCUGCACCGCUGGCUGUCUUCUGCCCUACUGGCUAAAAGGUUCCCUUGAGAUCAGUCCCCAAGCCGAGACUCCCGGCAGUAAACCGCCUACCCCCUACGUAAUAACCAGUCAUUUGGGGAUUUUUCGUAGAUGUGUAUACCCCACUUACGCAACUGCGCCACUCAAAGAGGAAGCUAGUGUUCGCAGUCCGGCGGGACCAAUUAGCACUGCGGUGGAUCUGCUAAACUCCUGUGGCCACUAUACUUUCGUAAACAUUCCGCACACGGCCUGGCGCGUGGGCUUGGUGUGUUUGAUUAUCUCCUGCACAAUCCUCUUCUUCAUCACCUUCUUCUUGUUUGUGGCUGGAUUCAAGCUCUACCUCCUAGCACAGGCAUCUGUCUACAAGUGUUGCCAGCUGGGUCUACUCGUAGCCAGUAAGCUGAUGACGUUUACAGCUUCCUUUUUGCCUUUGGACAAACCGAAUUACAUGCUCUUGGUUAUAUAG